CUACUCUCUCUCUCUCUGUUCUGCAACGGAAAAGGGAACAUUUUUCAUGGAAAUAACUUCUUCUUCUUCUCAUCUCUUCCAUGCAAAUACUUCCUUUCUCUUGGCCUACUUGUUUCUCUUUCUGCUACCCUUUUCAUCCCUUUCAGCCUCAGAUGGUGUCACUGUUACCCCAGCUGACUAUCGAGCUCUUCGAGCUUUCCAGCACGAACUCGUCGACUCCAAAGGCUUCCUACGCACCUGGAAUGACACCGGACAUGGAGCUUGCUCCGGUGCUUGGGCAGGAAUCAAGUGCGUUAAUGGACAAGUCAUCUCUAUCCAGCUUCCAUGGCGUGGCCUAGGCGGUCGCAUUUCAGAAAAAAUCGGUCAGCUUAAAGCUCUUAAAAAGCUUAGCCUCCAUGAUAAUGUUCUCGGAGGUCCACUCCCUCGGUCCAUCGGGUUUCUGCCUUAUCUCCGAGGGGUCUAUCUCUUCAACAACCGUUUUUCCGGUUCGAUCCCUCCGACGAUCGGUAACUGUCACUCUCUUCAAACUCUUGAUCUUAGCAACAACUCACUCACUGGUAAUAUUCCUCCGAGCCUUGUGAACUCAAGUAGGUUGUUUAGGCUUAAUUUGAGCUAUAAUUCUUUGUUGGGUUCCAUCCCAGUUGGUUUGACUCGUUUGCCUUCACUCACCAUUCUUGCUUUGCAACACAACAAUCUUUCUGGUUCUGUCCCUGAUACUUGGGUUGGAACAGGAACCAAACCUUACCAACUUCAGGUCUUGUCACUUGAUUAUAAUUUCCUUACUGGAACAAUCCCAGUUUCUUUGAGUAAGUUGAGUUUAUUACAACAGGUUUCUUUGAGCCAUAACCAGAUUUCAGGGACCAUUCCUGAUCAAAUAGGGACACUGUCAAAGCUCCAGUUACUAGAUUUAUCAAACAAUUCCAUCAAUGGGAGCUUUCCUUUUAGCUUUUCCAAUCUAUCCUCUCUUGUUUCUUUGAACCUCGGAGAUAAUAGAUUAAGCGGCAAGAUCCCGUCAAGUAUUGGCAACAUGUCUGGCAUUAACCAAUUGGAUUUAUCCCGGAAUAAGUUUUCCGGUGAAAUACCGGAUUCGCUUGCCGGAUUAACCAAUCUUAGUGAUUUCAGUGUUUCUGACAACAAUCUAUCUGGUGCUGUCCCUUCUCUCCUAGCUAAAAAAUUCAAUUCAAGCUCUUUUGUGGGUAAUCUUGAGCUAUGUGGCUAUAGCACAUCGACCAUGUGUCCUUCUCCGGCCCCAUCAACGCUUUCGCCGGCACCGGCAGAGGUACCUAAGCAUCAUCGUCAUCACAGGAAACUUAGUAUCAAGGACUUCAUCCUCAUAGCAGUCGGUGGUCUUCUAGCAAUUCUAUUGAUAUUAUGCUUAAUCUUACUCUGCUGCUUAUUGAAGAAAAAGGCUAGUUUGAAGCAAAAGAGUGGUAAUAUGGGGGCCGUCAUGGGGAAAACUGAGAAGGGGGUUCCGGCGGCCGGCACAGAGGUCGAAGCAGGUGGUGAAAUGGGUGGGAAAAUAGUCCACUUUGAUGGUCCGUUUGUGUUUACAGCUGAUGAUCUAUUGUGUGCCACGGCUGAGAUUAUGGGGAAGAGCACUUACGGUACGGCGUAUAAGGCAACUUUAGAAGAUGGAAAUGAAGUUUCUGUGAAGAGAUUGAGGGAGAAGACUACAAAGGGACUGCGGGAGUUCGAGACGGAGGCAGCGGCGCUCGGAAAGAUCCGACAUCCGAAUCUCCUUGCUCUUAGGGCUUAUUACUUGGGACCCAAGGGAGAGAAGCUUCUUGUAUUUGAUUACAUGCCUAAAGGGAGUCUUGCAUCUUUUCUCCAUGCUCGAGGGCCUGAAAUCGUCAUCGAUUGGCCGACGAGGAUGAAAAUAGCAAUUGGGGUUACAAGAGGAUUGAACCACCUACAUACACAAGAGAAUAUGAUCCAUGGAAACCUCACAUCAAGCAACAUACUACUCGACGAGCAAAACAACGCCCACAUUGCAGAUUUCGGACUUUCAAGGCUAAUGACAGCUGCUGCCAGCACAAACGUGAUCGCCACAGCAGGAACACUCGGCUACAGAGCACCGGAGCUCUCGAAGCUAAAGAAUGCCAGCACAAAGACCGACGUGUACAGUCUCGGGGUGAUCAUACUGGAGCUUCUCACGGGGAAAUCCCCGGGUGAGCCGAUGAAUGGAAUGGACUUGCCGCAGUGGGUGGCAUCAAUAGUAAAAGAGGAAUGGACUAAUGAAGUCUUUGAUUUGGAGCUGAUGAGAGAUACACCAACCAUAAAUGAUGAGUUGCUUAACACAUUGAAACUGGCUCUUCAUUGUGUUGAUCCCUCGCCUGCAGCACGUCCCGAAGCUCAACAGGUUCUGCAGCAAUUGGAGGAGAUUAAGCCCGAGGUGGCCGCUGCUGGUGGUGGUCAAGGCGAUGAUGGUGCUAAAGUUGCAGAAACAAAUUAAUAGAGUUUCCUUGUUCAUUUUACAGUAUUUUGGGGUGCAGAUACAUAAUUUAAACAUGGAAUUGUAUUA